UUUGAACCAAAAAGCGGAGUGACCUUCCUCCGCUCUCAGUCUGAGAGGGGCAGCACUGAAGCAAGAAGCCGGUCACAGCUCCUAUAAUCCCCCGCUUUAGCCUCAGAAAUGAACAACAACUUAGUCGGUGAUGAAGUCGGGAAACUUUUUGUGGGUGGAUUGGACUGGAGUACCACACAAGAGACACUGAGAAACUACUUCUCACAGUAUGGGGAAGUAGUAGAUUGUGUCAUCAUGAAGGACAAAACUACAAAUCAGUCGCGAGGCUUCGGCUUUGUUAAGUUCAAAGACCCCAAUUGUGUACGGACAGUGCUGGAGACAAAGCCACAUAAUCUUGAUGGAAGAAAUAUUGACCCGAAGCCAUGCACUCCCAGAGGAAUGCAACCUGAAAAGUCUCGAACCAAGGAGGGCUGGAAGGGCAGCAAAGCCGAUAGCAAUAAAUCAAAGAAGAUAUUUGUAGGUGGAAUCCCCCAUAACUGCGGCGAGCCUGAACUCAGGGACUAUUUCAAUAGAUUCGGAGUGGUCACAGAGGUGGUAAUGAUCUAUGAUGCGGAGAAGCAGAGGCCCCGAGGUUUUGGAUUUAUUACUUUCGAGGCCGAACAAUCAGUGGACCAGGCUGUCAACAUGCAUUUUCACGACAUCAUGGGCAAAAAAGUGGAAGUUAAGAAGGCCGAACCUCGUGACAGCAAAGCUCCUGGCCAGCUUGGCCCCGGCCAGUGGGCACCCAGGGGCAUCUUGAGUGCAGCUAAUGGUUGGACAGCACAGCCUGCCCAGGGCUGGCAACAGCCGUAUGGGCCACAGGGAGUGUGGGUGUCAACUACUGGCCAGCCCAUAGGUGGAUAUGGACCUCCAUUGUCAGCAGGUCGGGGAACCCCCACACAGCCUCCAUCACCCUUCAAUGCAUUCCUGGUCACAACCCCGGCGGGCAGCUUUGCUGCACCUCAGGGCUACCCUCAGCAGGGCUACAGCACAGCACCUCAGUUUGGUUACAGUUUUGGCACACCCCAAGCAGACCAGUAUGCUCCACAGGUUCCACCUCCACCCACCACUCCAGGAACUGCACCGCUGGGCUUUGCUCCCGCCACCACACCAACUCAGGACUUGAGCAAAGCUCCCACUGGGCAGCCCGACUUCCCUUAUAGCCAGUAUGGCUUGGGUAACUACCCUCAGGACCCCUCUGCCUACGGACCAACGCGUCCUUCUCACAGUUAUGGUCAGGAUGAGCAGGGAGGAUAUAGUGCAGGGUACGGACAGGACCUGACAGCCUUCGGCCACAGCUUCGCAGACCCCAGCCAGCCGACGGCCUCGUACGGCGCCCCGACAGCACAGCCCGCCGCCGCUCCCCAACCCACCGCCAGCGCGUUUGGCAGAGGGCAGAACCACAACGUACAGGGCUUCCACCCAUAUCGGCGCUGACCACCCCUGGGCAGGGCCGCUAUGUAAAGUUCAAAAACCAUAACACAAAAAAAAGAAGUCAGGGAAACGUGUGUUCUUGCUAUAAAAAAAAAAAGCUAAACUGGAGUUCUGGAUUGUUCUUGAGGAAUGUUGAAUGCACACAGUUUGUGAAACAGAAACCUUUGUGAUCGCAGGGAUUCCAGUAAAUUUAAAAGGGGUGUAAAGAAACCCAGGGUUUUUUUUCUUUUUGUUUUCUUUUUUCUUUUUUUUUUUUGCAUAACUUAAGGAACAUUCAGCAGAAAGAAGCUUUUAUCCUCCACCCCCCAAACCCAUGUUUUAUAGUAGAACUCAACUACUUUGCAAUAAUUUUGAUUGUCUGGUCAAACACUAGCACACAGACUAUAUGUAAAGAGACUUGCAUAUGAAUAUGUAUAUUUAUGGUGGACACAAAUGAAAACAGGGUCUCAAGUUUCCUCAGCUUUAAAUUAUAGGGAAAAAAUGUUUUUAUUUUUCAUUUGGUGAAUUUUGUUUACUUUCUGAGCCUUUAAAGUUUGUUUAAAAUGGAGAUUAUGAAUAUAUAUAUAUUAUACACAAACUGUGCAAUUUUUUUAAAAAGAGAAUUUUGUACUAUAAAUGUACACUUUGCUUGUUUUUUUAUUUAAAGAUGUAGACUUCCCUCAGGUGGCUGUUUUGGGUGCAUUUUUUGCACUUAUGCAAAAAGAAAAAAAAGGACAAAUUAUUACAAAAAUAAAUGUUUUAAGGAUAAAA